AUGCGCAACCGCCAAAUCGGCGUGAUCGGCGCCUUUUUCAUAUUAAUAUUCUGCUUCUUCUCGAUUUCGAAAACAUCCCCCGGCAGCCUUCGAACGCAAUCCGGAAAAGGGGGUACGCAAGCCCCCCAGCCGCCCAAGACAAAAGAGAUCAUCACCUUCACCAGUAAGAAGUUCGCGACCACCAAGCCGGGGCCGGUCCCCGGCGGUCCGCACCCGAUAUGGCACCUCAUCAACGACGCCGAGCGCGAGUUUGAGGCGGUCAAGGCUCGCCAAUCCAAGAACCUCCGCGCCGCCGUUGCCGAGUAUCGCCGCCGGUAUGGCCUGCCGCCGCCCCCGCACUUCGACAAGUGGUGGGCGUUCGCGAAGAGCAAGAACGUGCAGUUGGUGGACGAGUUCGACACAGUACACGAACUGCUGACGCCGUUUUGGGGCCUGAAACCGUCGACAAUACGAGCACGGGCCCGCGAGGCGCUGGGGACGACUGAUAACCAGCUCAUGGGCUUACAGGUGCGCAAUGGCAAUGUGUCGCACAUCUUCGGGGGCUUCGAAUGGGUGGGGCCGGCUAUGGUUAGCAUGAUGCAAAGCUUUGUCAAGCACCUGCCGGAUAUGGACCUGGCCUUCAACGCCAACGACGAGCCGCGGGUCGUGGUGCCGCACGACGACAUGGUGCGGCUGGUGCACACUGCGCAAACGAAGAACAUGCCGGCCGCCAAUGCUGCGAAGUCCCUUCGCAACGGCUUCACCAAGAAGCCUGCCGGACUCAGCUACAACGGUCGCUUCGACGAGGUCAAACUAACCCGCUUCAGCCUAUUCGCCCACCAGCCCGUCUGGACACACUCGCGCAUGUCCUGUCCCACGGACUCCCCUUCCCGCAAUCUAGAAGAGGACGAGCAGUUCGAUGACAUUGAGAAAUACGCCGUCGGCGACCUCGGUUUCGUCUCCAACUGGACCGCCAUGUCUGACGUCUGCCUAUCCCCCUCGCUCGGCUCCACCUACGGCUUCUUCGAGCGACCUAACGCCUACGGCGUGGUCCACGACCUCUUCCCCAUCUUUUCCCAGUCUAAAAUCUCCUCCUACGCCGACAUCAUCUAUCCAUCUCCCUGGUACUGGGCGGAUAAAGUCCCCUAUACCGAGGAUAGCGAUCCGGCCUGGGACAAGAAACUUAACCGCCUCUACUGGCGCGGUUCCACCACCGGAGGCUUCUCCCGCAACGGUGGCUGGCGCCGCCAGCACCGCCAACGUUUUGUCCAGAAGAUCAACGCCCCCGACCAAGCCAAAAUCCUCAACCCCCCGAGCACCGGCACCCUAGGCCGCCGCAGCCCCGAUGACACCACCACCACCAAGCCGGCACAGCAGCAGAAGCAGCCGAAGCCCGCCCCCCAAGACCAACACCAAAGCCAAGACCAAGACCAAGAAAAACAACAACCGCAAGAGCCCCCACAACAACAGCAGCAACCACAACAACAACAAUGGACAACGCGCGAAGUCCCGCGCGGCGAGUACAAGCAGCUCUUCGACAUCUUCUUCUCGCACGUCGGGCAGUGCGACCCGAGCGACUGCGACGCGCAGCGCGCCUUCUUCCCCGUGCAGGAGUACGCCAAGCGCGACGACGCCCUGCAGUACAAGCACGUGCUCGACAUGGACGGCAACGCCUUCUCCGGCCGCUUCUACGCCUUCCUGCGCUCUCGCAGCCUGGUGUUCAAACCGAGCUCCAUAAGAGUUGCAGCUCUCCAGGGGCUGCGAUUAGCUGCCGCUGGCUUAGUCAGGAAAGGAUUCGUGGAGCCGCUGAGUCUUGUUGCGCUCUACACCGGGCAUCCGCGGCUGCGACCGGGUAGGCCUGUGCUCCCGGCCUGA